CUGGCCUUCUGGGCCCCUGCAGCUACAUCGUAACCACAUGGAUUUUUAAACUGAUAAGGAUCCAAUCAGACUUUUUUUUUUUUUCAUCUUUAACAAAAAGAAACUCUGCUGCACUUUUAAAAAGCCAUGUCAACAAGCUCGAAUCUAAGUGAUCCUGAGGAUGACGAGAUAUUCCACAGAAGUGUCUCUGCAAGCAUGAGGAAAAUCACCCGCCUCAGUACCAGGCGGUAUUUGGACAAAGAUCUGGAAGGCGAGGGUGUGGAGAGGAGGAUCCAGCAGGACCACAGCAGGCUCUCCAAGGCACACCAGAAGGAGUCGAGGCAGUCUCAGAGGAACGCCGCCAACGCUCGGGAGAGGGCGAGGAUGAGAGUGCUGAGCAAAGCUUUCUCCAGACUGAAAACGAGCCUGCCCUGGGUUCCCGCAGACACCAAAUUGUCAAAACUGGACACGCUGCGUCUCGCGUCCAGCUACAUCUGUCAUCUCAGACAGAUCCUGCAGGAGGACCGGCUGGAGGACAGCUUUGCACAUCCAGUCAGUCUGACGUGGCCCUUCAUGUCGACAGGAAGAUCAGAGGAGGACAUCUCAUCCGCUGUAAGACUUUGUGGCGCUACAGCGUAGUCCGUCUCUUCUCACCUCAAAAAGCAUCUCCAGAACUGACUCUGAGAUUUGCUUUCAUGUCCACCUGUCUGCAUAUUAUGGUUUUGUAGUUAAACAACUCUAUGAACUGUAAUGUUUUACUGUGUACAUGUGUUUAGGCCUGCUUCGUUUAUUAGCCUUUAGGUGUUUUUGAAUUGUUUUUGAAUUUGAUUUAUUUUUUUGUGAUGAUAUUGAUCGCUGAUUGCUGAAUCAGAGUAUCAUUAAAUAGCAUGGGUUUGAUUUAACAUCAGUAAACAAACAGGUUUAUGGUAAAUACACAAAGCUUAUGUAGUGCUAUUCAAAUCUUAUUGACAUCUUAUAACAUUUUAGCAAUAACUUAUGGUACACAAUUUGUCCUAUUUUCACAAAUACAUUAAAAUCCAAGCCUAUUUUGUUACUGUGGAUUUACAUUG